AUGUCGCGCUACUUCCCGCACACAUCCUACGCAGAGGACCAGCCCCUCCCUCAUGCCAUUCUCACAACACAUGUGCUCACUCGCGCCAUCACGGCCGGCUCCCUCAUCGGCCUGACCAUCACCGCUAUCCGGCAGUCCAUUCCAUCAUGGCGUCGCCCCGGCCCCAUCUCCAAGCGUAUCCUCAUGUCUUCGUCCACGGGCGCCAUCUGGGGACUGGGUAUCAAUGCCGUGGGGCUGGCGGGGAGGAUGUAUGGCCGCGAGUUGAUUGAGUGGCAGGACCGGAGCUGGCGACUGCUUGAGAAUAGGGGCCAGGUCGAGAUGGACGAUUGGACGUAUAUCGGCAUGGCGGGCGGUGUCGUAGCCGCCUUGGCGACGGGGAGCUUGAAGGGACUCGGGGCGAGAGGCGUGCUUGGGAGCAUGGGAGCCGGCAGUGUGGUUGGUGGCCUGGGAUGGGCUGGUUGGCGGUUUGGUGUGAAUGGCGGGAAGUUUGGGGAGAAGGAAAAGGAAGGCGAUUUGUGA